AUGGACGCAUUUCUCGCACAACCGACAUCACAUUCCCAUGCUCCACAACCCGAUCGUGUUCCGGCUAUCCAAUUAAAAAAUGAUAUUAAAGUUCAUGCUGUGAUAAUAGAUGAACCAACCAGUGCAAUUCUUCAUUCGGCCUUACGUACAUAUCCACUAAACGCCGCUGGUGAACUUCCAAGCAAUGAAGCACCUAUGCUAAUGAUUCGAAGACAACUUACUGUUGAAACAGUCGACGUCGAUGGUCGUUUACCAGAAAAAUUAAGAAAGACCUAUCGUGAUGAAGAUUUCAUCUUGCACGAAGACAAGAAUUUAAUUAUAUUUACAACAAAAACUAACUUAUCUAUUCUCAAGCAAAACAAACAUUGGUUCGCUGAUGGAACAUUCAAAGUGUGUCCCGACGAUUAUUAUGAACUCUUCACAUUAUAUGCGAUGGUGACCAAUGCAAUUAUUACUCUCGUCUAUGGGUUAUUAAUUGAUCAAGUUAUAACUGGCUUCGACUUAAUUUGUGAUCAAUUCGACGAUGACGCCGACGAUUUACUUGAUUAUUUUGAAAAAUCAUGGAUUGGUGAAAAAAGAGGAAGAGGAACUGGUCGAAAGAAACCCCAAUUCGAUCAUAAAUGA